CUCCCGACGCUGCCGGAUCGCCUCCCUCGCCCGCAGCAACCAACUGUUGCUUACGCCCCCGCCGCCCUGCCCCUCCUGCAUCCGCCGCCCCUGCUCCUCCACGCCCACACUCUCGCCUUAGCAUGAAGUGACCUUCAUAUCAUCCCAAGCACGCGCGGUGGGUUUAGGAGGCAGGCGCCAUGGGGGCGGUCAAGGAAUGGCUGAACAACUGUCGAGAAUCACGAAAGUUGAUUCUCUUUAUCGUCGCCAUAGCUCUGCUCCUGGAUAACAUGCUCCUCACGACUGUGGUGCCGAUCAUCCCGAAGUACUUGUACCAAAUUCGCCACCCCAACUCCACGGCACCUCCACCGCCCACAACUAAGCCCACGCCCACGCCCCCGGAAAACAUCACGACAGUCCUCCCUGCUUAUCUCGUCAACACAAACAAUGGUUGCCAGCCUUGUGUGUGUGAAGGAGAGAAGCCCGAGGUAGUGACUGAGGCCCCCCCACCCCCCCCAACCAAACCCUCGUGUAGCCCCGGGACCCCCCCUGCUGAGCCCGGCGAUGACCCUGGCAAGCCGCCGCCCACGACCGAAUUCCUGACGAGGACGGAGCGGCCGCCCGACCUGCCGUCGUCGACUGCGAUCGUGCACCACAAGGGCUCGGAGCUCCUGGGCAUGAACCACGAAGACCUGGUCAACGAGAACGUGGAAGUGGGCCUGCUGUUCUGCUCCAAGGCGGUCGUGCAGCUCAUUACCAACCCUAUCAUUGGGCCGCUGACGCACAGGAUUGGCUACAGCAUCCCGAUGUUCACUGGCUUUGUCAUCAUGUUCUUGUCCACGCUGAUCUUCGCGUUUGGGUCCAGCUAUCCCGUGCUCUUCGUGGCCAGGGCGGUGCAGGGUAUAGGCUCCUCCUGCUCGUCGGUGUCCGGAAUGGGCAUGCUGGCGGAGCGCUACACGGACGACAAGGAACGUGGCAACGCUAUGGGCAUCGCGCUGGGCGGGCUGGCGUUGGGCGUGCUGAUCGGGCCGCCCUUCGGAGGUGUCAUGUUCCAGUUCGUGGGCAAGACGGCGCCAUUCCUCAUCUUGGCUGUGUUGGCUUUGGGCGACGGACUUCUCCAGCUGUGGGUGUUGCAGCCCGCCAUUGUUAAGCAUGAAGAAGAGGCGCCGACUUUUGGAGAACUUAUCACGGACCCUUACAUCAUUAUUUCUGCUGGCGCCAUCACCUUCGCCAACAUGGGAAUCGGGAUGCUGGAGCCUUCCCUUCCGCUCUGGAUGAUGGAUACGAUGGCAGCGCCCGAGUGGCAAAUCGGCGCCGCCUUUAUCCCGGCCUCGAUUUCCUACCUGAUCGGUACCAACCUGUUCGGGCCCCUCGGACAUCUGAUGGGCAGGUGGCUCGCCUCCUUCAUCGGCCUCAUCAUUAUUGGCAUCUGCCUCAUGAGCAUCCCCAACGCCACGUCCAUCAACCACCUGAUCGCCCCGAACGCCGGCCUCGGCUUCGCCAUCGGGAUGGUCGACUCCUCGAUGAUGCCGGAGCUGGGCUACCUGGUGGACCUGCGUCACUCGCACGUCUACGGCUCCGUCUACUCCAUCGGCGACGUGGCCUUCUGUCUCGGCUUCGCUAUCGGCCCGGCACUGUCUGGCACUCUCGUCCAGAAGUUUGGCUUUAAGUGGAUGUUGUAUGGCAUCGCGAUCAUCAACUUCCUCUACGCGCCCCUCAUGUACUGCCUCAAGUCGCCGCCGGCCAAGAACCCCGGAGAGCGGCAGGGACUGAUAUACGGUGAAAAGUCAUCCGUUCGUUACGUCACUUACAAGAACGAGGACGAGGAGGAGAACUGAGCGCUCGAAGCCUCCCGCUCAUCACAGGAGUCCCGCUUGGCUUGUCGUUUUUGCGCUUUUGGUGGAAGCAAUUUUGUUUGUUUAUUCUUGACCAAGAAGAAGAAGAAGAAGUAGAAGCCAAGGGGUGAUGUUUUUUUUUUUUUUUACUCUCUUUUUUUUUAAAGAUUUCUUCUUCGUAAAUGGGUAUAAGUACGUUUGUGUAAUGGAAACGAGGCUAGAUUGGAUGUUUAUUAUCUAUUCAGAUUGCUGUACUUGUUGUUUCCCGCUCCUCUCCAGCUUGCGUUAUAAUAACCGGGCUUGACACGAUUCCGAGUGAACUGGGCAGCGUUCGUUCACGUUCGCAAAUUUUGGCGUGAUUGAGGGAUGCCGCCAAACUGACGUGCAAUUUUGGUUAAUUGCAUUUACAUCGCUGAAGCCGAGAGACUAAGCGAAAUAGCUGAUAUUGUCAUACUGAUGAAAGUAUAUGUAUGAAAAUGCACACAAAACUGUGCAUAAGCAUCCAUAUAUCUCGCGCUUCAAGCUGUUUUGUUCAAUAUCGAACAAAAAUGAAAUCGAAACCUGGGACCCUUUACAGUGUAACAAGGUCACUUUCCCUUGCCUACACUGAAGCCACUACAGUGUAGUAUAAGCACCUUGUAAGCAGUAGCUAGGAAAGACCCUAGACCCUGAUGUAUGUAACCUGA